AUGGUAAGAAAUGAACCAUCCAUUUUCUACAUGGGAGCCAGCGGAUCAACACCAGCCAAUUCGCCGAUUAGAAUCAAGAAAUAUUAUUCAAUUAUAACUCACAAUAUCUCAAAAUGCAAUUGCAUCAUUCGAAUGGUCGAUGAAUACAUGACAUCACAGCAUUGCCCAUUGUGUUUCAAGCGAUUUCCGCAAGAUACUCGACGUGAUCGAUACAAGAAAUGUGUGGGUUGUGUACCAAAUCCAAUUGUUGGACUACCACGAACCAUCGUAACCAAUGUGAGCAAACGAUUACUGCAAAUGCGACGAGUAAUUGAACGAAUGUGGCGCGAGAUGCAAGAAAUGGGCGAUGAAAUUGCUGCAACUCUUCGAGAUGGACCGAAUGCAGCUCGUUUGGUGUCAAAGAAGCAACGCUUCUUCAAAACAUGGCUACCAAAUGUUGCAAACGUUGAAAUGUUGCAUCGUGAUAUCGCAGCAGCGAAGCCGAUCCUGUACAAAGGUGAAUGCGUGGUGUUAAAGCGGAUAAUUCAUCCAAAUGUACGCAGACCACCCCGCGUUGUCAACAAUCAACAUUUACCAUUGUAUUGCGGUCAGAAUCAGAAUAUCAACAAUGGACAAUCAAAUCAUAAUUUAAAAAUUAGUUAUAAUAAUUAUUUGUUAGUACGCUAGGCUUGAUUAAAUUGUGGC